GAAGUAAUGACAGUGUUCAUGCAUCAGUGCGUCUGUUUCACUCGUUUAUGGUGUGUGUGUAUGCAAGUGUAAGAGCGCACUCUGUAUUAUCAACAUGUCGUAUUAGUGUGUGUGCGCGUCACUGUAAAAGUAGUUUAUAAAGAAUCACAUAAGCCGACAAACGAGUGAAUUUUUCGGUGAAGGAAGAGAGGGUGUUUCUAAAAUAAUGGCAAGACUUCAGAGCUGCUCUUUCACUGGCCGUGGACGAUUGUAUACACCUCUUCCCAACUACAACUACCACCACCACUACGAGUAAUAUUAAACACCGAACCACCAACAAACCAGUUCUUAAUACUUGACUUUACCGGUAACGCUUCUUGUUGCUGUUGGGACGUAUACACCAAUAUAUAUUUUAUACAAUGUUUAAACUAUGUUCUUUCGGUCGUCCCGCCCCUCUUUUAUUUAAUUAACUAUUUUAUUAACUUUAGUUUGUUAAUUUAAAAAAAAGUUUUUAAUUAUUACUUUCUUUGGGGGGGAAGUUUUAUAUAAAAAGUUUGUGAGAAACAAUUUUUUUCUUUACUGCACUUGCUUAAAAGAACUCCCUUUUUUUCCCUUCUCUUUAUGAGAUAAAUUUAGUUCUGUUCCCUUUUCUUUGCUUUUCAUUCAAAGUUGGGCUAAUCCUUCUUCACACACACACACACACACAUAUUUGUAUAUUAUCAAUUCUUCCUUUACGGUCGAAAUUUGGAAUUUUUGAAAGGGGUAUUAUUUGUACAAUUCUUCUCGCCUACUUCGAAAAACUACUGUUCAAGCAUUUGCACGUAUAAAUUAUAUGAAAUACCCUUAAGAAACUUUCAACAGAAAGACAGACGAAAAUAAAGAAAAUGGCAACGCCGGAGAAAUCGAAGGAAUCUUUGGAGGCUGACCUCAAAGAACUUGAGAAAGGUAUCGUAAUGAAUAAGGUGAAGCAUGGCAACCAAUAUGAACGGAUCUACGUCCUUGACCGAGACAAAAUGGUGCUCCGUUAUGAAGGUUCUACCAAAGUUUUCCGCAAAAAAACUCCUGAAAUUGCUCUACACAACAUAAUUGAAAUUCGAUUGGGAGAGAACAGCCAUACGAAAAGAUUUCGAAACCUAAAUAAAGAGCAAUGUUUUAGUAUUGUGGUUGGUGCACGCCAUAAUCUUGUCACACUGAUGAGUCCAAAUGAAAAUCUUAGAGACAUGUGGGUACGAGGACUUCGUCAUGUGAUUGCCUCUGAAAAAUCUGCCCAACAAGAGAGAGAAUAUGACAGAUGGAUCAGAGAUGCUUUUCUAAGUGCUGACAAAAAUUCUGAUGGUGAAGUGGAUUUCGAUGAACUGGUUAAACUACUGAAGAGCCUUAAUGCACGCAUGAAGAAGAAAUACAUAUUGCAGAUUUUCAAUGAAGCUAACACAAACAAAACUGCCAACCGUUAUGGUAAGCAAACUUUGGAUAGUGAAGAAUUUGUGAAAUUCUAUCAUCUUCUCACUAGGAGAAGUGAACUGGAAGAAUUGUUCAAAAGCAUUUGUGAAGAACCCAGGUAUGUGCGUGGUAAAUCAUACUUAUCUUCAGGAGAUCUCCUCAAAUUUCUAAAGCAACAACAAAAGGAGAAAACUGUCACUGAAGAUAUGUGUAAAGAAUGGAUUAAAAAGUUUGAACCAGAUCCUUGCUUUAAACAGCAAAUAAGACUAAGCUUACUAGGCUUCCAGUUGUUUCUUGCCUCUCCAGAACAGUCCAUAUUUAACCCUGCAUGUUUACAGGUUUAUCAGGAUAUGAAGCAACCAAUGAUUAAUUAUUUCAUAAACUCCUCCCACAAUACUUAUUUGCUUGAAGAUCAACUCCAUGGCCCAAGCAGUGUGGAGGCCUAUAUCAGAGCUUUACAAAAAGGUUGCCGCUGUGUUGAGUUGGAUUGUUGGGAUGGAAAUGAUGAUGAACCAGUUAUUUAUCAUGGACAUACACUUACCUCGAAGAUUCAACUGGAUAAAGUUCUAAUUGCCAUUAAAGAAUAUUCCUUCAAAACUUCUCCUUACCCAGUAAUCUUGUCUAUUGAGAAUCACUGUUCCCUCACACAACAGAAAGUCAUGGCACAUCAAAUAAAAACCAUUCUUGGAAAUAAUCUUUACAUUCAUGAUGACAAUGCCCCAUGUCCAUCGCCACAUGAUCUAAUGAACAAGAUUCUUCUAAAGAUGUCGGAUGAAGUGUUACCAUCAAUCCCUUACCGUAAGAGGAUCAAGGAUCUUAUCCGUAAUGGGAUUCCUACCAUUGGCCAGGGUAAGAAACUGCCACCCCUCUCUACAGACAAUGAUGGAGUCAGCGAUGAAGAUGAAGCUGAAGAAAUGGAGGAAGAGAAGAAGAAAGCUGAGGCCUCUAGAGAAGGCAUUGAAAUGCCAAAAGAGAAGAUUCCAAAGAAGGUGAAGUUAGAGAAAUCACUGAGUGAACUCAUAGGAAUUCGAAGCCAAAGGUUCACUUCUAUUGAACAUGCUGUAGAUAAUGGUGAUCCUUUCAAAAUGACUUCCAUUGGAGAGAUGAAAAUGUGUAACUUAUUGGAAGAAAAUAUAGUUGAAGACAACCGAAAGCUGACCAAAGCAAUUAUGGUUAGAACAUACCCUGCUGGUCUUCGUACCGAUUCCAGUAAUUAUACUCCAGUGAUGAUGUGGAAUGUUGGCUGCCAAGUUGUGGCACUCAACUACCAAACAGAAGACACACCUAUGCAACUCUUGUUGGGAAAAUUCCUGGAUAAUGGUGGAUGUGGAUAUCUUCUAAAACCAAGCUAUUUACUAUCAGGUAAACCUGAAGUAGAACCAUCCCAACCUAAAUUAUUAGCCAUAAAGGUAAUCAGUGCCUACCAAUUACCAAAGCCAUCAGAGAGUUUUAAAGGAGAGGUUAUCGAUCCCAUUGUUAAGAUUGAGAUUCAUGGAAUGGAUGAAGACAAAGCUGAGAAGAAGACCAGAGUCAUCAGGAACAAUGGUUUCAAUCCUAGAUGGGAUGAAGACUUUGAAUUCAGAAUCGAUCACCCUGACUUAUGCAUUCUUCGUUUCACUGUCAAGGAUUAUGACUUAGGAGGAGAUGAUUUCAUUGGUUAUUUCACAAUUCCAUUCAACUGUAUGCAAGAAGGCUACCGACAGUUUAAUCUUAACAACAAGAAAAACGAAGUAAUUUAUAAAUCAAUGCUGUUACUCCACAUUGAUAUCAAACCUGUAUCUUAAAAGGUUAAGGUUCAACAAGAACUGAAAUGUCUACGACAAGCCCAUCAUUUGAAAGUUGGAAACAUAACAGAAAGCGCUUUUGUACAAAUAUUAACAUAUUUUAUGCCUUUUGACAUGGUUUUGGUUUAUAUCUGUCAAAUAACUCAACAAAAAUCUCCCUAAAGACAUUUCAUUUUACUCGCAUUUUUUAUUAAAGACUUUUUUAAAAUUU